GAUUUCUUGAAAAUCAGCUGUUAAAUUGUCAGGUUUGGAAAGUGCCUAUGUCGUUAGAGAUCAAGAAAAGAUGGAAAACGAAGUAAAGAUUAUCGUAAAAUGGAGUGGAAAGGAAUAUCAUAUUAUAGAUCUUAUGGAGAACGACACUGUCUCAAUUUUAAAAGAUCGUAUCCACAAAGAAACCGGUGUUCGACCAGAUCGCCAGAAGCUACUAAACCUUAAGUUUAAAGGCAAAGCAGCUCAAGAUGACGAUGCUAUAGGAAAAUUAGGCAUUAAGCCUGGGUUCAAGCUAAUGCUUAUGGGUUCUCGUGAGGAAGAUAUUGCUGAAGCAAGCCAUGCCCCUGAGGAUAUGCCAGAUGUUAUUAACGAUUUAGAUAUCGAGGAAGAAGAAAUUGAAAUUGAAAAGGCAGAGAUAUAUCUCUUAAAAAUUCAAAAACGAAUUCAGCAGUACAACAUUGUAGAAUUGAAUCCUUUAAGAGAAGGAAAGAAGCUAUUGGUCCUAGAUAUAGACUAUACUUUAUUUGAUCAUAGAUCUGUUGCUGAAAGUGGAGUGGAACUAAUGAGACCUUACCUACACGAAUUUUUAACGCGCGCAUAUAAACAUUACGACAUUGUCAUCUGGUCUGCUACUAGCAUGAGGUGGAUCAAUGAAAAAAUGAAACGCUUAGGGGUAUCUAAUCAUCCUGAAUACAAAAUAGCCUUUCACCUUGACUGCCUGGCAAUGAUAUCUGUUUGUACGCCUAAAUAUGGCAUUGCUCAUGUUAAACCACUUGGUAUUAUUUGGGGAAAGUACAAACAGUUCUCUGCCAAGAACACAAUAAUGUUUGAUGAUAUUCGGAGGAAUUUCAUUAUGAAUCCACAAUCUGGAUUACGGAUAAGACCCUUCAAGCGAGCACAUUUUAAUAGAGAUAAAGACAGAGAAUUAUUGAAACUCUCCAAAUACCUAGAGCUCAUUGCUAAAGUAAAUGAUUUUCAAACGUUAAAUCACCAAAAGUGGGAAGAAUAUAAAGCAAAAAAUAGCAGAAGUGAUAGAAGAAGUGAUGAAGGAAAUGACGAGCAAAACGCAUAGUAAACAAUAAUAUUCACAAGUACAUAAACUAUAUUGUCUGUGUUGGUGCCACAUUUAUCAUAAUAUCAUUAUGCAACUGAUCUCAAUGAGAAAAAGUAAAUGGUGGUAAAAACAAAAGUGUAAAACUCAUUAUGCACGACCUCCUACUUAUGAUGUGCUGUCUAGAGAAAAUUAGAGUAGAAUUUAGUGAAACUUCGAUACUUUGAGAAACUGCACGACCAGUAGAUAAGUUCCAAGUGUGUCUAGAAUAUAUUCAGAAAUAUAAAAACAGACAAAAAGACUUCUUUUAAAUAAACGAAUGAUUAAGCAGGAUUCCCUUCAUCCAUUCAUGUUUUAAGCAUUUCGAUUUGAGUCAUAUUCACUCAAUUCAUUGAAAGUAUGUAUUUUUUCACAUAAUUAUCCCCAUCUUUGACGUACUUAUAUGUUGUGUAAAAAUGUACAAUAAACUCUCUUAAGUAGGGAAUAAAAUUUUCAUAUUUUCCAGCUU